CAGUUUUCUGUGUCCGAUACACGUUUCACGCCAUCUUGAAAUUACAACCACAGUUUAUCAAGUAGCUCCCCUGAAAUUAGGAAGCACAACGAACUCUUUUCACUAUAGCAAAAAACGUCCGGUAUGAACAGUUCUCAAAGCAAACCGGCACCAAAAAUCAGCAAAGUACAGACGGACGCAAAUACCGGCUCGGAGACGAACAGCAGAGAUCGAAAAACUGGAGGAAUGCUGAAAAAGCUCAAGUCAAGGCGCAGUCAAACGGAUAAGUGGCCCGUGUUCACAGAGGAUGAACUCCGGGCUCUUGGCACAGAUAUUUCUCCAGACCAUGUCCUGGGUCUCCGGGCUGUGACGGAAGACUACCUUUGCAAACCUGAAGACAAUGUCUACAACAUUGACUUCACUCGUUUUAAAAUCAGGGAUCUGGAGACAGGGACAGUGCUGUUUGAAAUUGCCAAACCUCCCAGCAGCGGCCCGGUGGAAAGCGAGGAGGAGACUGGAGAUGCAGACACCAGUGCAGGGCGUUUUGUCAGAUACCAGUUUACACCAGCCUUCCUAAAGCUGCGCACUGUUGGUGCAACUGUGGAAUUCACCGUGGGAGACCGGCCAAUUAACAGCUUUCGUAUGAUUGAGAGGCAUUAUUUCCAGGGACGCCUACUCAAGAACUUUGAUUUUGAUUUUGGCUUUUGCAUUCCCAACAGUCGCAACACAUGUGAACACAUAUAUGAAUUUCCACAGCUUCCAGACGACCUCAUUCGUCAAAUGGUGGAGCAUCCUUAUGAAACCAGAUCAGACAGCUUCUAUUUUGUGGACAACAAACUAAUCAUGCACAACAAAGCAGAUUAUGCCUACAAUGGUGGCCUGUAAUACCUGAAGGAAAUGUGUCCAAUACUUCCAAAGGAAUCACCUCUUGGAUCAUAAACAUCCAAAACCUUCUGUCUGGAGGAUUACAGUAUUUUCCUUAUAGACACUCCUAUGAACGUGACAACAUUCUUUAGAACCAGUGGACCACAUCUGCCUUUAGAUUAAAUCUGUCCAUUAAUAAUACCUCAUAGAGCUCAGUUUCCAGGACCCAGAGGAAAGUUCUGUUAAAUAUUUCUCUGACUGAAACCUUUUUCUUCUAUCUUUUGUUUUGUCAAGUAUUAUGUUACAUUUCAAACCCUUGCCUUACUCUUGCUGUCUCUGCUGGAAAGGGACACUUGAGUUGCAGACCUCUCAAGGCAAAGCCUAUAGAUGUUUUACUUAAUUCUAUAAUUACUUAAGUAUAUAGAUGUUAUUAGUUUAUGUUUAUUUGAACUACCUUCUGCAGUUGACAAUUGUGUUUCUUGUAUGGGAAAACAAGCAUUAACUAGAUGUUUUACAGUAUUGUUAGUGAUAGAUGAUCAUGUAGCAAUAGUUAAGUCAUUAGAAUUUCUUCCAGAUGUAUUUUUUCUGCUAAAUGUUUCACAAUUUUAUUACAAAAAACUUUACAUAAAUCCCUGGGAAUCCAGUCUUUGUUUUACAUGCUGUUAUAAACAAAGUAUUGAAUCUAAAUAA